CGUGUUUGUCGCCCAGGUGGUUCCGGGAUGGGCAAUCGUCAGGGGCGCGGCGCCGGUCGCGUUGGCGAGUCGCCCGGCAAAGAGGGCGCCGGGCGAGCCCCCGAGGCGCCAGAUUCGUCGUCGCUGCCGCAGCCGCCUCAACCGCAACCUCAACAACAACAAUCUGUGGUUGAAAACCCUGCCGCAGACGGUCACGGGGAGGACGACAUGGCUUCUUCAUGGCAGCAGCAGCAGAAGGAGCUCCACCAACAGCAGCGGGAGUUGGAGCAGCAACAACAGAGGCGCCUUCAGGAGCAGCUAGCCGCUGCUCGCAGCGCCUCGGCGGUCCCGCCGACGCCACCGCAGCGCCCGGCGUCUUCAACGCCUUCGCCCCGCCAGCCGCCGUCCCCGGCUGGCGUGCGUGUCAUUGAGGUCAAGGCCGACGUCUGGAAGCCGCCGGGCCCCGCCGGGACUACCUGGACCCCGCCCCAGCAUCAGCAGCCGUCGCCUCAGUUCCACAAGCACGUCCAGUUCCAGACGCCUCCGUAUCCCGGCGGACACGAUGGCUCUCCGACGAUGCACAGACCUCAGCCUUCGCCCUCGCCUUCUCCCAAGCCGUACAGACCGCCUACUGGCGUUGCUGCUGGUGCUAGUCAAGUCCACUACGACCAGCCGUGGUCUUCGACUCCGCCUCCGCAGCGCCAGCAGCAGGCUUCGCCGCGGUCUCAGCCCUCGCCGCGACUUGGUGUGCAGCAGCAGCAGCAUCCGGUGCAGCUAACGAUACUGACGACUCCGAACGUAACGACAUCGACCGGCGGUGGUGCGCCGAGUCCUCGCCGCGUGCCGCUGGACGUGGUGCCUCACCCGUCGGGCCAGCGGGUGUGGUCCGAGGAGCCCAUCUGCGAGUACGUGGAACCCGGAGGCCCCAGCCUGGCCCAGCAGAUCGCCCAGCAGUCGCAGGAUUACGUGGAUGAGAAGGAGCUCGAGUACCGUCUCGCCAUCCAGCAGCUGCAGAAUGAACAAGAGCGAGUGCAGAAGAAAGUGUUUAUGAACUGGAUAAACAACUUCCUCUCACAGAGGACGCCACCUUUACGAGUAGACGACGUCAUCGAAGACUUACGAGACGGCACGAAACUUUUAGCCUUACUAGAAUGCCUUUCAGGACAAGUGUUGCCGAGGGAACGCGCUCGCAUUCUGCGGAGGCCUCAUUUCCUCAGCAACGUCAACACGGUCCUGCGGUUUUUGGAGCACAGACGGAUCAAGCUUGUCAACAUAAACGCCACAGAUGUUGUGGACGGAAAACCUGCCAUUGUUCUUGGUCUCAUAUGGACCAUUAUCUUACACUUCCAGAUUGAGGAGCACACACGUCUCCUCGCUGGCUCUCCAGCCUCGCUCGAUGACAGCUCCCUGGAGUCAACCACGCUCCAGGAGCAGCUUGCUGCUCAACCCGUUUCUCCGAGGAGGCCAACCGCCGCGGAGCGAUGGAAGGGCGGAGCCCGCAAGGCACUGCUGCACUGGGUCAAGAACAGUAUCAGCCAGCGAUUUGGUGUCCAAGUUAAUGACUUUGGACCAAGCUGGCGGGACGGCCUGGCCUUCCUGGCCAUUGUGCACUGCAUCAAGCCAUCGCUUGUGGACCUGGACUCUGCAAAGAAGAUGGACGCUCGGAACCGCCUGGAGAGGGCAUUCUCACUCGCCGACCGGGAGCUGGGCAUCCCGCGAUUACUCGACCCCGAAGACGUGGACGUUCCCCAGCCGGACGAGAGGUCUGUGAUGACUUAUGUGGCCCAGUUUCUGCACAAGUACCCUGGCACAUAUGCCACGGAGCAGCCCCUCUCGCCCACAGUCUCCUCACCAACGUCGGCCGCCCCAGCACAGGACGACCUCUCCGUGCUCGAGUCCUUCCUCAAGCGGGCCGAGACCACCUUGCAGAUCCUCCAGAGGCCACUCACCAACCUUCGAGAAGAGUACCAGAGCUAUCUGAACCUGUGCCGAGACUUGGACGGGCACCGUGAACUCUAUGCCAGGCUGGGACGUCGUGCAGCCCGAGCAGACAGCACCGUCGUGCUGAGCCAAGCGUGGCCGCUCAUGGAAUCACGCUGGCGCGCGGUCGAGUCUGGACUGGCACAGUGGCGCAAGCGACUCGACGCCGCCCUUCCGGGCCGACUGGCUCAAGUCGCGGAGUGGCUGGCGCAGACCGAGGAAAGGCUUCGCAACGACAAGCUCGCUUUGGGACAGAUGGAUGCUGCCACCGUAGCUUCCAAACUGGCUGAACAUCAGUCCAUCCUAAGCGACCUGGAUGAAGUGAAGAAGUGGCUGGCCGACCAGAAAUCGUCGCCCGCCAUUGUAGCCACCGUGGCUCCCGAACACUUGGCUGACAUCGAGCAGCGGCUCGAAGCCCUGUCCUCGCUCGUCUGCAAGCGCCAGCUGCUGCUGGAGAUGGAGCGACGCAAGCUCGCGCUGAUGGCGCUCGUGCGGUCCGUCGAACAGCACGUCGCCCAACUGGAACAGAAGCACGGAUCACGCCCUCAGGUUGAGGAGCUGCUGAGGAGACACAGGGACCUCCUGGAGAGGGACCAGGUGUUCCAGCAGUUUGACCGCCUCUUCAGAGAGCUCCAGGAGGCCUUGGACAUGUGCCAGAGGGGAUCAGCCCUCGGAUUUCAGGAGGUCGACGACCAGGCCAGGUUCCUGAGUGACAUCCACGACCACUGGACCAAGCUGUCGGCUCGACUACGCACCUCCGGCAACAUUCUCAGUGAGGUUGUGGUCCAGUGGCAGAAGUACGAUGCACUCUACGGACCCAUGGUUCAGUGGCUGGAUCAAGCCGAGAUUGCACUUCAGUCCACUCUUGCUCAGAAACAGGAGUUCUUCCAGGAUCUGCCCGCUUGGAACGAAAAGAAGAAGAAUGUUGUUGAGUCGGGAGACUACCUGGCCGCAACCUGCCGAGAUGAUAUUGCGUCGACCAUCAGAGCCCAAGUCCAUUCCAUCAAGCAGCGAUGGGACUCACUGUAUCCACAGAUGCAUCCUUUCCUGAGCAGUGGCGAAUCGCUGCGCGCAACUCAGCAGUUCCAGACAGGCCUGGACAACCUCAAGCACUGGAUGCAGCAGGCGGAGCACCUCCUCACUGCCCACGUGCCUUGUGACGUGCCUUCCCUGGAACAACACGCCGAGGAUCUGAAGAGGUUCCAGACCACGAUGGAAGAACAGCGGUCGCAGUACAAAGCCUUGUCCAGGACUGCCCAGGUUUUGGUUCGAGACCUAAGCCGUACAGAAGUCGACAAAAUGAUGGCUGACAUGAAGAAGGAAAAAGAAAAUCAGGUUCGCGUGGAAGCGCGUUGCUCUCAGCGGCUUUGCACUGUGACCCAAGUGACAUCGCUGGUGCGUGCCCUGGACGCCGACCUGGAUCGUCUCGACCGCUGGCUCGACAAGGCGGAGGAUGCCAUUGCUACUUACGCUGUGCCGAACACGCAGAGCCUGGUGCAGGAGCAGCUUGAGAAGCACAGGGCAUUCUUCUCUCAACUGACUCCGAUGAGAGCGCUCCUGACAACCAAGAACAAGACGCAUCGGGAAAUAAGGGAGGAAGUUGGGGCCUGCCCGGGUCUGGACACAUCCCGGGUGGAUGCCAGGAUGGCUCAACUAAACGAUCGCUUCCAGAACUGUGCCUCAUUGGCCGAGCAGUGGGAGCGUGCCCUGCAAGAGGCGGCCAACAGGUGGGAGAACAUCAACGAUGCCGAGAAGAAAGCUCUGGACUGGCUCAGCAAAGCCGAGGUGCACGUCUCUGACAGGAGGGAUCCUGAAGCUGCCAGGGCCUUCUUCAGCAAGCCAUACGAACACAUCUUGCUGCGGGUGAUCCAAACAAGCAAAGACGUUCUUGCCACUUUGCCUCCUGAAGACCACCCAGCUAUCGAGGCCAGGGUUCAGCACAUCAAGGAGAAGUGGAAGGCCGUGCAACAGAAACUGCCUCGGCUCAACGAUGAUGAAAUCUUCUCUGAGCUCCGGGAAUCAUUUGACCGUAACUUGGACACCCUGAACAAGGAGCUGGAUGAGGAACAGAAGCUCAUAGACAAGGGCGGAAACCUUCGCGUUAUUCUGACGCGUCAUGAAGAGUACUUCAACAAGUCCCGUGAGAUGGGCACGCUACAGGACUGCCUUGAAGAGAUGCAGCAGCUGGCACAGUCGUGCCCCAGUCACCAGGCACCACUGUCCGACUGCCAGAGCCGGUUCCGGGUGCUGCAUGAACGCAUUGUGACCACCAACCGGAUCCUCCAAGUGCCUAAAGACGAGUGGCUCGAGUACUCCAAGAAGUUUAACGGACUACUUUCCUGGAUGGACCAAGUGGACCAAAGAAUCGAGCAACUCAUGCAGAGUGACACCAGCUCGGCCUCGGCCUACGAGACCCAGAGAACCGAGUUCUUGGACAUCUGCGAGACGGUAGACGCUCGCCGGGGUGACCUGGACUGGCUGAACCAGCGGCUGGAGUCUCUGGUGCCGGGCAUGGAGCCUGAGGAAGCCAAGAAAGAGAAGGAGCGGCUGGCCGGCUUGGUGGCUCGCUACGGCGCCCUCUUGCCCGUCAUGGAGACCACUACGAUCGUUUCCGAGACUGUCUCCAAGUGCUACUUGUACCGAGAGGAGGUCACCCAGGUCACGCGCUGGCUGAGAGAAGUCCGGGAGUCCAAGGUGGUCCCCGAAGAAAUUCCCCUCGACAGUCCAGAGAAACUGGAGCAGAUGGUGCAGAAACAGAAGGCAAUGGUGGAAGAGCUGGAGAAGCGUCAGGGAAGUGUCCUGGAAAGCAUCAAGUCAGGAAAAGACCUGCAAACCGUCAAGGGUGCCCCGGAAUUUGUGUCCAGCGACGUGAAAAAGCUGGAAGAAGAGUGGUCCCAGGUGUACCACGAAGCGGUUGAGAAACUCGACCGCAUGACGAAGGACAGCCAGCGCUGGCAGGAGUUUGAGAAGCUUCGUCAGGAGAUCCUACGGCUUCUGGCUCAGGCUGAGCAGGAGCUGGUCAACAUUGGACUCCUGGCCGACAUGGAACAGAAGAAGCUGGAACAGUGCAUCAAGGAGAAGCAGGAAGCCGCCAAGAAACUGCAGGAGUCGAUGGACAGCAUGCUUUCCCGGCUGCGAUCUUUGGCCGACGAACUGUCUACACAGCUGGGACCCCAGAGGGAGACCCUGUUGCGUGCCGAGCUGGACAAGACGGAGCGCAAGACGACCACCAUCCUGACCACUGUGCACGAGACAGUGCAUCGGCUGGAGACGGCAGCCAGCAAGGGCACCGACCUGUCCGACCGCCUGUCCCGGCUCAGCCAAUGGCUCGACACCGCUCAGGACAAACUGACGGCAGCCACUGAGGGCCCGGUACCCGAACAGCUGGAAGAGGUCCAGGUCAGUUGGUUAACUAACGCGAAAGCAUUAUAUGUAUGAUGAAUCAAAAACUCC